CUCCGGUGCGCGAGAUCCGACUCGUGUGCGUGUCAACUUAAUCGUCAAAGUCAAACAACAAGUUCUGUAAAAAGACAAUAAAAAUUAAAACUGAAACGCAUUUGAAACGAAUAAAGAAUUAAACUGUGCGAAUGAUACUUGUGCCUGGACCCGUCAUCGCGUAAGUCUCAUCGUAUGACGUGUGACGAUGGAAGAACCAGAUUCACGUAAAUCAAUCUCCUGCGGCAAGGACGGACCUUAUUAUUCGACGCUGAACCAAUCGACUCUUGGCAGGUCUCCGUCGACUAAGUCUACACCAUGCAGGUCUCCGUCGACUAGGUCUACACCAUGUAGGUCUACUUCACGUAGAUCUACCCCGGGUCGAUCUACAUCAGGCAGGUCUACUUCAGGAUGCAGCAGGUCGACGACCCCCGAACCACCGCCCGUUCCACCAGCCACCUAUCACUGGGAGGAAGUGAGGAGAAAACGGUCUGUAGGUGGGUAUCCAUGGACGCAUCUCAACAAGCCACCGUUCGAUGAAAAGACUUGGGUGAAGUAUGAAAGAGAUCACGUAUACGAACCUGUCACGCCAGCAGCUAACGCUGACCAGAUAUCUUUGCCCAUCACGAAUUCGAAAAAAGACGAUAAUCGUCAUUUUUUACGCAUACCAUUGACCGAAGAACUCGUGAUGGCCGAUGACACGGGUUCGGAACCAGAAAGUGAUCAGCAACAACAACGACAACUACGAUUAGCUAGACAAGAAGAAGAUAACGAAGACGACGACAAUGACGAUGAUGAAGAAGAUGAUGAGGAAGAGGACAAUGAUAACGACGACGACGACGGAAAUGUCGGUAAAAAAGUUGUACGAUCCGACGAAUCAACUUAUGAGGGUGAAAACGAAAACUCAUCUGUGGGCGAUGUGGAGUCCAGUAACACACGUAUGAAGGUCUUCCAACAAAAAGUUAAAGUCAAAGCAGACAUACUACGCACGAAGCUGCAAGGGGUAACCAAACGUAAACCUAAGCAAAAAAUAGUGGUAGACGCGCCUAAUGGUGAAAAGUCUCGUCGCAAGUUCGGCCAGUUCGCCACUUUGCCAAAAAAGUUCACAUUUAACGCACCUAAAGUGAAUUUAUCCACAGUUGGACACUUUUCGCGAAGAUCCGUGGAUCCGAACGAAUCUAGUACGGACGAAACAAAAAGUGUGCGGGAUGAGACGAAAAGUGGUCGAUUCUCGCUGCCACGUUUUGGAUUAUCCAGGAUGUCGUCGGAAUCUCCGAAACCAUCAAAAUCCGUAAAAAUCGGUGGUUCCCGACUGUCUAUACCGAAUUUCCGGCCACGUACUUGGUCGGAUGCUUCGAAAGUGUCGAAACCGGAUAGUCCAAAACCUCGGAUAAUGGACUUCGGCACAUACCCGAGGAUAUUUUCGAAACGUCGAAAAACAAACGUGGCGAACAAAGCAAAAACGCCACCACCAUCUUCCGACGGAGGAGAGCCAGAACAGAACAACUACAAACGAAAGGACUCAUUUCAUCGGCGCUUCUUUCGGUCACACAAAGAGUCAACGCCAGCUCCAACAGACGAACAGACAGCCACGCUGGCUGUGGAAGAAGAGCUAGAUGAGCCUCCACUACAGGUAUCCAAGGAAUCGUUGGCGGAAUUUGGCGACAGCGAUCUACAGGAGGUGAUAUCACUGAGCGAUGACUGCCGAUCGAAGGAUACGAAGAGCUUGUCCGAACACCGGUCGGGUGUAAUUGAAGAAAUUGAUUCUGACGAAUUUUUCCUGCGCGAAAAAGGUCUAAGUCGCGGCGACGUGCACAUCAGCAAUUAUUUGUCAUCAGAGAUCAGAGACGUUUUCCGGUCGAACCGGACACGGUCUAUGGAAGGCGUUAAUGAUAACGACAACGGUACGAGUGCAAGAAACAACCGCGACUCAAGUAGUGGUAUCUCCACGCCGGUGAGACCGUCGCGGACCAAUUCGUUGAGGAGGCCUAACCGGCAUACUGCAGUUGAUGCGAAUACUGAACGAUCUUAUGUCGCUGAUCGGUUCAGCACGAUGCCAAAAUCGUUCGGUGGCACCAGGCCGACGAAGAAAGACGUGGAAGACUAUACCCCCGAGAACAUCAUCACCAGUCAGACAUUUGAACCAUCGCAAAAUCCAAUACUACCAUCGGGGGUACCCUGGAGAACUUCCGUGAGGCAGACUACUUCUGCCGCUGUCACACAUAUGCCGCCAAAACCACCGACUAGACAACGCAUGGCCAAGUUUUCCACGUUUGACACGCGGUCAAUGAUUGAUUUAUCCAGAAAGAGAAGCCAGUCACAAAUCGGAUUCCAGCCAUCGAUGAACUUUUCAGAUACCGUGCCAAAAGCUCCGAUGCGUCGUUCCAGAACUUCGUUGGCCGGUUCCGACCGCGAUAUUUCGUUGGCGGUGACCGAUAACGGCGGCCGGCCUUCGUGGGCAGUAAACGGCAGCGGCGCAGGAGCGCCGACACCGCCGCUGCGCCGUUCGCGAAUGUCGCUGACGUCAGAUGUAGACGUCGAAGAGCGGUCUGCGACAGCCGUACACGUGGUCAACGGCACUGCAGCCGUGAGGUCCACGCCUCCGCGACCACCUCCACCACAAUCGACAACGACAUCGGCCACAGUCGCUGGUUAUGCGACGGUGGAUAAAUCGUCGCCGUCCUCAGCGUCGCUUUUGUUACCACCACAGUCGCCGGUGCGUCACAGGAGGAAAAAAUCAUACGACGUGAUCAAAAGUCAAGAGUUUGGAGCGUUUUUCACCAUACCGAGGUCAUACAGCUAUUGUGACAGGAAUGCGCGGCCGUCCACAGAUGCAGACACCAGCUGUACCGCUAAGCUGCCACCGCCGUCGAGACCCGCACGCGCCUACAACACGCUUGGACCGUCUCGACCGCUUCGGCGCCGGUUACCGGUCCGCGAACACGAGUACGGCGACGUGACCGACGACGGAAGCGGUGGCCACAACGACAACGAUGAAGGCGACGGCGCAGACAGAAUCGAUGGGACGGCCAAAGCGGCGGCGGCAUUGUGCUCGGGCGACGUGAUCGAAAAGAUGAAACUCCGGCCGUUGCCGUCACCGCCACCGCCACCUCGGAAGUCGAGAGCGGCCGACGACGCCGCUACGCCCGAACCACACCGGCGCAGGAACACCGAUUCGGCACUAGUCCCUUUUUUAGAUCGGCGAGAAACGUCUGUAACAUCGUCUAACGAUUUUUUUGCCGACGUUUCUCGUGCUCUGUUGGCGUCUGCCGCUAGAAACACUGUUACCGCCACCGACGACGUGUCUGUGGCCGUUCAGACCGACCCGUCUCCGGACGAUUACGCGUCGGACGACCACGACGACAGGUCAUGCUGUUCGGCCGAGUUGGACGAUCGGACAACAAAGUCUGUAGCAACAACGUCACAACAUCUCACCCCGAAAACGCUGACCACCGCCGCCCCCGUCGACCAAACUAGAUCUCGAACGUCGUCCCAGGUCACCGAAUACGUUGACCGACCGACGUCCGGUAUGUCGGUAAACACGGCAGACGACUGCAGUUGCAACGGUUACGCAAUGGUGUCUGAAACGACCAAUGCCGCGAGCGGUGUCGCGGCAGUGCGCGCGCAACGCUUAACCGUCGAAGAGCUACAAGUGGGUAGGAUGAUCGUGGCCGAUAUACUCGGGCAGCGAAUGGCCGUCGACGACGUGUCCGGAUCGAGUCUGAAGAUCGCUCAGUUCGCUACUGCGGUUCAGCAUCCGUCUCUGCAGCAGCUGCAGCAGAAUGCCGCAGCCGCCGCUGUACAAGCCGCGCCUGCAGGUGACGACCUGACAACGCACGUGUCGCUGUUGCAGGACGACAAUGCGUCGAUUCAGUCUUCGCGCGUGUCGUCCAUGUAUCCGGAAGUAGAUUCGGACGAGGACCGGGCAAGCGUGUUAGCAGCGCCCACACCACCUCGUCGACGCAGUAAACCUCCGUCCUCACCUCGUUCGGCCACCGACACCGACCGUAAUGACCGUGGCAAAAAUGGCAGACCACCAGGAACCGUUGGUGCCGUCGAUCUGUCCGCCGCCGACCCAUCUAUCACCGAACUCAGUUGUCAGCUGUUCCGGUUGUGUCACUCGAACGUAUGCAGUCUGUUCACUAAAGUAGUCCAGCAAGUGGUCCCGGAGGACACGGAGAAGCGGCGUGACCUGCAAGCCGCCCUGUGCUUCCUGAGCAUCAUACUCGCCGGUCUGUUGAUCUUAGGCUUCGGAAACGAGAAGACCAUACACCAUCACCACUGGGAUUUUCAAUUCCCUCCCAAUCAGUAACCACACCACCCAUCGUGGGUUGUUGCGAUACUUUUGUUAUUGUUAUUGUUGCUAACCGAUCGUUGUUUCUUUGUUUUGCAUUUCGAUAUUUUAAUAUUCAAUUGUAUAGCAUACGGUUGUUAAAAAAUAUGUUUUCCCUAUACAUAAACACUACAGUCGUUUCUGUCAUUGACUGACCGGUAAAUGAUAAUUCUUAGAGCUUACAUUCAAAACACCUAACACUUAUACAGUUAUACGAUUUUCGUUUAUGUACCUAACUUUUUCUUUACACGUUUAUUUUUUUUCUAAAAUAUUUUUGCAACA